AUGAUAUUGUUGUGGUUGUUGUUGGUGUUCUUGCUGAUGAUGAUGAUGAUCAAACAUUUUCUGUGUUAUUUUUCCUUGGCAUACUGGAAUCUGCCGAGUCAGGCUUGUUAUUCGCGCGGUGCAGUACCGCCGUUGGACGAGUACGGUUUUAUUUUUAACGAAAAUCAUAGUUUUUACGGUGAAAAAAUUGUGACGCUUUACUCGCAUAAAUUUGGUGCUUAUCCAUACUAUGACAGUAAUCAGAUUCCACACUUCGGCGGACUACCACAGAAAGCCAACUUGAGUUUACAUCUUACCCUUGCCGAAAAAGACUUUAUUCGGGCAAUACCGUCAGAGAGUUUCGAUGGUUUGGCAAUCAUUGAUUAUGAGGAAUGGAGACCGGUGUUUUCGAUGAACUGGGGUUCCAAAAGAAUUUACCAAGAUAAAUCUAUCGAGUAUGUUUAUAAUCGAACCGGUAAGAUUAGCAAACGAAUGGCAAUUGCUUUAGCGACAGCAGAAUUCGAAAAAUAUGCUCUGACUUUUAUGAGUGAAACAAUUCAACUGGGCAAACGAUUAAGACCGAAUGCCAAAUGGGGUUUCUAUGGAUUUCCCUAUUGUAAUGCUAACGUUGGAAUGAAAACUGAACUGGAAUAUGUGCUUUUUCCAUCAAUUUAUUUCUACAAAUAUUCUGAUGACGAUCCGGAUUACAACAACCGACAAGCAUUUGCAAUGCUUAACGAAACUCAACGUAUCGCAACCUAUUUUGAACCGAAAAAGCAAAUUUUUGCAUUUACAAAAUUCGAAUACGACUCUUACAGUUUAGAAGAAACUUUUUAUACAGAAGUAAAAUUUAAUUGCUCUUUUUUAUUCAUCACUCCCGCUGAUCUUGGUAUUGAUGGUAUUAUAUUUUGGUCAUCUUCAUUUCAAAUGCCACAAAGAUGCCGCGGAAUUCAGCAGUUUGUAGACGCAGAUGUUGGUCCGUAUCUACAAGGAAUUCUAACAAGCUUAUUAGGUUUAAAAAAUUUUAGGCAUGGCAAAUGUUUAGCGAUGAAUAAAACUGAUUGCAAAACAUACGAGUGCCGUUGUGAUGACGAGUGGUUUGGUGAUCGUUGUCAGUACAACAAGUAUUCAUAUUUUGUAGAUAAUAAAAUUACUAUAUUGGAGCGGUUACUGCUGAGAAAUAUAGAUAUUGAUUUAGCAAAUUUAUACUUAUGA